UAAUAAAAACUGGAGCUUGUCGAAUCCGUAAGGGAAAAAAUGGGCUCAUCGUCAUCGUGUUCUCUAGUUCGCCCUUGCCCUUCGAAGUUAGUCUACAAGUCACUGGUCUGAUCCUUGUUUUCGGAGAAAAAAAUCUCCAUAUCGACUUGGGAGGAUCAAAGUAUAGAUGAUGAAGAAGCUGAAGGAGGCCUUUACUUUCAUCUGCUCAUCUGAUGUCUGGAGGAUGGCUUUGCUUUGGACUAUUGCCCUCCUUUUUUCUUACUUCCAAUUGCUUAAAAAUACCAUCUUUGGCUCAAAAUCAACUACCUCUUCUUCCUCUAAUCAUUCACACACACACAGACCUGUUUGUGUUAUCACUGGUGCUACUUCGGGCCUUGGUAAGGCCUCUGCGUUUAAGCUUUCGAAAAAAGGUUUCUAUGUUGUUCUUGUUGGGCGAUCCUCCCACUUAUUAUCCAAGACCUUGAAUGAAAUUAAGAGGCAAAAUGCAGAUGCCCGACUCAAAGCUUUUGAAGUUGACAUGUCCUCUUUUCAAUCAGUUUUGAAGUUUAGAAACUCUCUAGAGCAAUGGCUUUUAGAAUCAGAUUUACAUUCUUCAAUACAACUGUUGGUGAACAAUGCUGGAAUACUCGCAACAUCCAGCCGACCAACCUUUGAAGGCUUUGACAGGAUGAUUGCUACGAAUUAUGUCGGCGCUUUCUCUUUGACCAAACUUCUCUUACCGCUCCUGAGAAACAGCCAUGUGCCUUCACGAGUCGUGAAUGUUACAUCUUUUACACAUCGUGCUGCUUUUGCUGGAAGGUUUGACAUGGAUUCUGUUACUGGAGUGAACUUUUCGAGAUCAAAGCAGUAUCCUUGUGCUAGGGUCUAUGAGUAUUCUAAAUUAUGCCUUCUACUGUUCUCGUACGAGCUGCACAGACAGCUUCACCUCACUGAUGAUUCACAUCACAUCUCUGUUGUAGCGGUAGAUCCAGGAGCAGUGGAAACAAACAUAAUGCAUGAGCUUCCUUCAUAUAUACAAGUUAUGGCGAUUUGCAGUCUCAAGAUUCUUAGACUGAUGCAGUCCCCAGAGGAUGCAGCUGAAUCUGUCCUUGAUGCUGCUUUAGCUCCACCUGAAAUGUCAGGCAAAUAUUUCUUUGGACGAAAGGGGAGAAGCAUCGAAUCUUCAGCGCUUUCCCGAGACCCGGAACUGGCUAAGGAACUCUGGGACACAUCAUGUCUCAUAUUCAACGAAUUGCAACAAACUCACAUUGGAUAAUCAAAAUCUUCUAUACAUUUGUUCAGUUUUAUCUAAUGACGUAAUCCUAGGAUAUCACACUGUAUCAACUUCUGGUUUCUUCCACAACUGUCCCUGUAAUAUCAGUUUAUUGUGUUUCAGUGAAACGUCGAUUCUUCUUUUAA